AUGAGUGUCAACAGCAAUUGCAACGUCCAUGACCCCGGACUCCGCGAAAGCAAACCUUCGCAAGGAGAUCCAUCGCGGCCAGUGAAAGAUCUGUUUCGGCUCGAUAAGCGAACCAUUGUUAGUACGUUGUCCCGACCAUUCCUGUUAACUGGCGCCAAUGGCUUCCUGGGAACUACACUGGCGAUGGCCAUUCUCGAAAGCGGGGGUGAUGUAGUUUGUCUGGAUCUACCUGAGGAGCCUACUGCGAAAAAUUGGGAUGCAAUAGGCGAUGUGGUACGUGCAGCACUGGAGUAUGAACGUAGCAUAUCGUACUGGUCUCUUGACGUCACCAAUGAGAAUAUGGUGGCGGAUGUAUUUGCCAAAUUUAUGCCUACACUCCGGUAUCCACUUCGAGGUCUGGUCGUCUGUGCUGGCAUCUCUCGGAAUGGUCCAGCCAUUGACUUCCCUAUUUCGACAGUUCGUGAGAUGUUGGACGUCAAUGUCAGUGGAGCCUUCUUGGCGGCGCAAGCAGCCGCUUGGGAAAUGAGACAGUCGGAUGUCAGCGGUAGCAUUGUCUUGGUCGCUAGUAUGAGCGGAUACGUAUCGAACAAGGGUGUUGAUACUGCUGGGUACAACGCCUCAAAAGCUGCAGUACAGCAGCUAGCACGGUCAUUGGCCGCCGAGUGGGGAUCACGAAAGGGUAUGCCCCUCAUCCGGGUUAACUCGCUCUCCCCUGGUUACAUCCGCACCGCUGCGACGGCGGAGGCUCUUCAGAAGCCUGGCUUGGAGUCUCAAUGGAUCGGCGAUAACAUGCUGUAUCGGCUGAGCACCGCGGACGAGUUCCGGGCUCCGGUGCUCUUUAUGUUGGGUGAUGGGAGCAGCUUUAUGACGGGUUCGGAUUUGCGGGUGGAUGGUGGACAUUGUGCGUGGUAG